UCUCUGUUUUUUUUUCAAGCUUUCUCCAAUGGCGGAUUACGAUGCCGCCCCAACCCAUCACCACCCAAACAAUCUGAUCCAGAAAGAAACCGCUCUACAAGCAAUCAACACAAUAAUCCAGCUCCAUUUCGAGAAAACCCUCGAGAAAAAACGAGCAAUCGAUUUACAAAAAAAGGAACUAUGGAAGAUGUUUCAACAUUUCUUCGUCUUCUUAUCUCUAAUCUUCUUGGGUCAAGCUCUUUCUCCGAAGCUUCAAUGCCGACAUUGUUGGAUACCCAUUGGGCUUCUCUCGUUAUCCCAUCUGAUUUUCUACGUAUCUGUAGCACAAACAUUGAGAUGCAUAAAUGGGUUUAAGUAUCAACGGAGAUGUCAUAAAUUGACAUUAGGGUUAGCUACAGAAAGGUUAAGGCAACUGAAGAUGAGGAUUAACAAUGGUGGGGUUGAAGAAAUUGGGGAUGAAUUUGAAAUACAUUAUCAAGAACCACCAGAGAGUUAUUUUGGUAAGUUUAAGAGGAAUUGGGCAUUGCAUUUUGGGUUCUUGAUUUUUAUUUAUGGAUUUAUGGUUUCUUCAUCUGUUGUAAUACUCUGUUUUUGAGAUCUUCAAAAGAAUGAACUUUGGUUAGGGUUUUGGGUGGGGAGGGGCAAUUUUGGGAAUUUUGAUGGAAAAUAUUUAUUGUAAUUUUA